CCAGGAAGGGCAGGGGUGGGAACGGAACACCCUGAACCACGUUUCUCCUGGACUCCCAACUUGGAAGCCAAACCUUAUUCUGCUCCUUUAUUUAUUUAUUUAUUUUAUUAUUAUAUAUGUUUAUAUAUAUAUAUGUGUGGAAGAGUUUCGCAGCUCAGGUCGCCUCUUGAUUAUUGCCCUUGAUCAAAGUUUUGUUUUUUUUUUAUUUUUAUUUGGACCUUCACAUGACAAGUUUGUGUGGUAUUGAGAGGAAAGAGAAGCUCGGAUCAGGGCGAGAGUGCGGCUCCUGCUCCGGAUUUGGCGCUGACGCUCUGGUCCCUUUAGACGCUGAUAAUAAUCAAGGGCACGGCUCCAGCGGCGUGGACAUGUCCUGAUAUUUCACAGGGGAGCUCCUCAGCUUGAGUGUGGAGCAUGCUGUAGUCUGCGCCAGGUGGUUGCCUUAGUGAUGGAUGGGGAGCCAGAACCAAGCCCUGUCGCGGCAGAAGAGGCAGGGGAGCGGGUGGAGCCCACGGACGCCACUCCCUCCCCCCGGCAACCGGCCGUGCCCCCCUCCGGGGAGUCAGGGGAGGCAGUUUCCACGGCAACGGAAGAUGGAGGAGCCGCGAAGGAGGAGGAGGAGGGUGGCGCGGAGGACAAUGACGACGACGUGGUUCUCUUAGGGGAGGAGGCUCCCCAGCCUUCUGCCACAACCUUCUCCCAAGGCGGCGCAGACUGUCUGGAGCUGGUCGCUGCCGUGGCAACAGAAGACACCAAGCCCGCGGCGGCGAUGCCUUCCAAGACCACCGCUCCUCCCGCGUCUUCCAACGCAUCCACGCCGGCGGCGGCGGCCCCUGCGAGGCCUCCUACCGCAGCAGCAGCAGCAGCAGCAGCGGCGGCGUCAUCAGCGGAGCCCAUCGUCAUCGACGACGAGGAGGACUCCGAACAGAAAGAGGACGCCGCCUCCUCCUCGCCGGCGCCCCCUGGAGGCGGCUCCUCCUCCUCCGCGGCCCCGUCGCCAGGUGUUCUCAGCAGCACCGAGCCGGACUCGGAGAUCAGGAUCGCCAGCGUCACCACGCUGGGCCCCAGUAGCCAGAAAGGAAGCGCCCCGGUUUCAGCCGCAAACACUCCGCCACAUUCAGACGCCCCGGAGGACAUGAACCUGAUGAUCACCUCCGUGACGUCUCUGCAGGGAGGAGCGUCCGCCCUGACAGUGGCAGGUGAAGGCCAGGCCGAGGAGAACGGUCUCCAGAUCUGCAGCUCGUUCAGCCUGAACCCCGACGCGCCAUCUGGUCGACCCACCACCUCCUUCAACCCCGGGCGGGGCUCCGGUAACGUGGGCCAGCUCGUGCAGAACGGAGACACGGGGACGCACAACCGAGCAGAUUCGUGGAUCUCUCAGUCAGCUUCAGUCCCGCGCAACCAAAAACAGACGGGGGUGGACUCUCCGUCGCCCGCCACCUCGCUGCCCAAACCUGCAGGCCAGUCUUCCUCAUCCACUUCCUCCUCAGGCUCCCAGCCACAGCCCAGGACAGUCAAGGUGACUUGUGCAAACUGUAAAAAGCCUCUGAAGAAAGGCCAAACGGCCUACCAGCGCAAAGGCUCCACGCACCUGUUCUGCUCCACCACCUGUUUAUCUGCCUUCUCACACAAACCCGCCCCCAAGAAGAGCUGCACCAUGUGCAAAAAGGACAUCACAAACAUGAAGGGCACCAUCGUGGCCCAGGUCGACUCCAGCGAGUCUUUCCAGGAGUUCUGUAGCACUGGCUGCUUAGGUGCAUACGAGAACAAGCAAAACCCUCCGAAAUCAGGCCUCAAAACCAAAUGCACCGUCUGCGGCAAACUCACGGAGAUCCGCCAUGAGGUUAGCUUUAAGACCGUGACCCACAAGAUCUGCAGUGACACGUGCUUCAACGUUUACCGCAGGGCCAACGGGCUCAUCAUGAACUGCUGCGAGCAAUGUGGCGACUACCUGCCCAGCCGGGCUUCAGCCAACCACUUCCUGCUGGUGGACGGCCAACAGAAACGCUUCUGCUGCCAGAACUGCAUCAGGGAGUUCAAGCAGGUUCACAGUAAACUCGCGAGCUGCCUCACGUGUAAAACGCUGAUAAAGACCGGAGAGGUUCUCCACAGCCUCGGGGCGAGCGGCACCAUGGGCUCCUACUGCUCCGUCAACUGCAUGAACAAGGGCAAGCUGGCCUCCACCUCCUUCGUCAACACGGAGCCGACGUGUCACUUCUGCAAGAGGAACUCGUUGCCUCAGUAUCAGGCCACGCUGCCGGAGGGAAACAUCCUCAACUUCUGCAGCUCUCAGUGCGUGACCAAGUUCCAGAAUGCUACUCUUCAAACGGCCACCAACGGACAGACGCUUCUCUCCACCACCAACAACACCGUCCACCUGAAAUGUAACUACUGUCGAGGAGUGUUCAACUUGAAGCCUGAAAUUCUGGAGUGGGAGGAUAAGGUCUACCAGUUCUGCAGUAAGACGUGCUGUGAGGACUACAAGAAGCUUCACUGCAUCGUGACGUUUUGUGAGUACUGCCAAGAGGAGAAGACGCUGCACGAGAUGGUGAAGUUCUCCGGAGUCAAGAGGCCGUUCUGCAGCGAAGGUUGUAAGCUACUAUUUAAGCAGGAUUUUAUCAAGCGGUUGGGUCUGAAGUGUGUGAGCUGCAACCACUGCAGCCAGCUCUGUAAGAGAGGAGUGACCCGGCAGCUCGGCGGCUUGACCCGGGAUUUCUGCAGCGAACCGUGUGCCAAGAAGUUCCACGACUGGUACUACAAGGCGGCGCGGUGCGACUGCUGUAAGGUGCAGGGAAACCUGACGGAGUCUGUGAUGUGGAGGGCUGAGAUGAAGCAUUUCUGUGACCAGGAGUGUUUGUUAAAGUUCUACUGUCAGCAGAACGAGCCCAUCAUGGUCACACAGAAGGGACCAGAGAACUCCAGCGUCGGUUUAGAAGUCCAAGGGGCCAAACUUGGGCUGGUGAACCAGAGCACUGCGCCGUACGCCGGCGGAGGUUUGGUCAGAGACGUCAAGAACAAGGCCGUGCUCUGCAAACCGCUCACGCUCACCAAGGCCACCUACUGCAAGCCGCACAUGCAGAGCAAGCUACUGCAGACAGAUGUAGACGAUGGCGUGAAGAGAGAGUAUAUUCCUGUACCUAUACCGGUGCCCGUCUUCAUCCCCGUGCCUAUGAACAUGUAUUCCCAGGUCACUCCUACACCCGUCUCCCUGCCUGUACCGGUCCCUGUGCCUGUGUUCAUGCCCACCACCCUGCAGGGGGCAGAACAGAUUGUCCAGACCAUAAGUGAACUGAAAAACAAGGCCUCCUCUGAUCCACUACAGCCUGACGCGCUCUCUGUGGGCGAGACGGUCGCAGAGGAACAGAAACCAGAUAUGAAACCAGUGGUGGUGAAGAGGGAGCGUGGAGGAGACGAGUCUUCCAGCAGCAGCUCAGAGGAAGAGGAGGAGAAGGAAAAGGAGGAAGAGGAGAAAGAGGACAAGGAGAAAGAGGAGGAAGUGGAGAAGGAGGAGGAGAAAGAGGAGAAGGAGGAGAAGGAGGAGGAAGAGGAGAAGUACAAGCCGGACCUGGACUUGGAGGCAGACUUCCCUCAAGCGUCGGAGUCUGUCCCGGUCCUGGAGCGAAUGGACGAGGACACGGGUUCGUCUCUACCUCCGGUUCCGGCCGAGGACAAGGACGAGGUGGAGGAGACGGCACCUCGACCGCGGCCAAGGAGACAAGGCAACAAGAGGCUGGCGGUGGAUCGGACCUCGUCCUCCUCUUCUUCUUCUUCUUCUUCCGUUUCAACCAACAAACCCUCAGAAAGACGGUCGCUGCCUCUCAGAGCUCGAUACGGCGUCAACGCCUGGAAGCGCUGGGCGCUGUCUCCUUCCGACCAAUCGGAUCGCACCAAAGUAAAGGACGGCUCCGCCCCAGCGCGGCCGAAAACGAACCUGCUGUCGCUGAGUUCAGAGGAGCUGAACGUGGCUCUGGCUCAGUUCGUCAGGGAAGUCUGCCGGCCGAGCGGCGAGCGUUACUCUCCGGACAGCAUCCUCUACCUGUGUCUGGGCAUUCAACAGCAUCUCCACGCCAAAGGCCGGACGGAUGAUCUGUUCAGUGACCCGUGUUACCAGCAGUUUGGAGACGAGCUCAACAAGGUCCUGAAGGACUGGAAGCCCAGUCUGCUUCCUGAUGGUUCCCCGUGGGGCCGAGUGGAGGAGCAGAGCCUGUGGAGCAGCCGUCAGCUCGGGGAGCAGAGUCCGGCCGCUCUGCUGCGCUCGCUGGUUUACCUGAACACCAAGCACUUCGGCCUGCGCACCGUGGAGCAGCACCUCCGCCUCUCCUUCGCCAACGUCUACGGCCCCGACACCGUCCAUCCUGUCACCAAGGAGACGGCCGUCUGCAUCCGAGUGCCUUCCCUCUCUCAGGAUCAACACGUGCAACCAGAGUCCAGGAAGAGGAAGCGGAAGCUGGAGGACGAGGACGGGGAGAAGGGCGAGGACUCGGGCGGCUCCAGCGAACGCUGCCCGGUUAAGAAGCACGAGUGUCGCCUCUACGAACUCUACAGAUCUAAGUGCCCGCCGUCGUUGCGGGAGCGCCUCGACGUCUUCUACGUUCAGCCGGAUCCGUCUCGCGGCCCCGACGACCCGCUGUGGUUCAGCUCGACGCCUCUGGAGCGACAGAUCUUAGAGAACCUCCUCACCAGAGUCCUCCUGGUCAGGGACGUUUACACAGACAGACAACACCUGCAGGACGAGGGGGACAAAGAGGACGAGAAGGGGGAGGAAAAGGAGGACGGGGGUGAACCAGUGGGAGGGGAAUAAGAAUCACUUUUAUUGGACUUUUGCUAGUAAAGCCUGAACAGUCAGAAGACGAGGAGGAAGCAGAGGGUCCUCUUCACUGUCCUCACUGACUCACUGUUUCCUCCUGGUGAGGGACGUCCAGAAUAAAGUAGAGACAAAGUGGAGACGAACAGAGAAAACCUCAAAAACAGGAAGCAGAAAGAGGAGGAUAGACACAGAUGGGAGCAGGGUUUAAUAGGAAGAUGGGUCAGAUCCAUCCUUUUCGCUCGCUCGCUUCAAAAUAAAACAAAAAUCAGGUAAAACGAGACAUCUGGAAAGACUGAAUUCGCUUUCGGAGACGCGGCUCAGACAAGCAGCUUCGAAUCAUGUAAACUUUAAACAUCACAGCUUGUCCAGCGGCGCCAGGAGACACAAGGAAGUUACGGCGUUAGGGGUCGAGAGAGUUUUAUUUUGAAAGGGCGAAAGACACAGGAAGUAAAACCAGAACCAAAGCCCAGAGGAUGAAGAGUUGGAGAGACUGUAUUUGCAAAACCUCAUGGUGUGAAUAGUUUGAAGAAAUUCCAUCUUUGAUGCAGGUUGGGAGUUCACUACUUAUAUAAAAAAUAAAAUAAAAUAAAUAUUAAAAAAAAAAUUAGAAAUGUUGCAGGGAGAGGGGAUUUUUUUUUAGCAGCUGUUACCGUGUUUGCAGAACUUUUAGCGAAGCCAUCAGUGCUUUACCGUCCCUUCCCUGACAAGGAUUCAACUUUUCAUUUGUUUCAGUGGAUUUCUUCGAGUUUCUGCUCGGAAACACCAAAAAAAACAACAACAAAUAUUAAAGAUCACAAUUAUCUUUUAGCAAAAAAAAGUAGUAGUAGGCAGGAGAGCAAACUCGUAUAGAUUCUUAUUCCACAUCAGUUCAUGCAGUCACUAGUUGGUCAAACAGAAACUCUAUGCAAGGAGAAGGAGGUGUGCCACAAAUCUAAACAUACUAAACUACUUCCUGUUUAAGUUGAACCAGAUCAGAGGGGGUCAAAGGUCACAGUUCACCUCUGAGCCGGUGCAAAACCAGGACAGAACAUAAUAAAUUAGUUUCUUAUAGACGCCACCAGACGGCUCAACUCAUCAGCUUCCGGGUUUUUAGUCCUUUUUCACUGCAUGAAGGUGGAAUUUCUGACUUUUCCGGCGUGUUCUCGAAGGCAGCGUAGGAACCUGUUGUGAGAUCUCUGCUUUUCAUUCCCUCCCCGUCAUCCAGCUCACCUGCUCUUCCUCUCAGGCAAAACUGUUGCACCACAGAGGAACUUCAAGCUCACGAGGGGCAGGAAUCAGGACACAAAAAAAAAAAGACACGAAAUAGAAAAGACUCGUACAGACGAACCACAGAGGCCACGACGGUCCUUCCUCGCUGUGGUGCAUCCGAACAGGCCGACCUGCCGACAUGCUGCGUUUCUUUAUAGGACUCAAGGGGAAACCUCCAUUCAUGCGAUGUAGCAUUACGUGUGUACUAAACCCAGAUUGGGUCGCUUUGACGUGUAAAUAUCUCCAGAACGAGGCGGUUGUUUGAGUCAGUUUGGGAUAAAAGGAAAGCUUGAAAACCUGCCUCCUGACACGCCUUUAAAGAAACUGAUUAUUUAUUUCUCUUUUUAUUAGUUUUGCUGUUUCCUCCUUUUUUUUUUGUUAGAAGGUGUCAUUUCCUUUCUCAGGCUGACGCCUUCAACUCUUUUAAUCCUAAACAUGAAGGAUGUGGAUUAAGUCAAAGCAACAGUCAACGUUUUUGUAUCAUUAGUUUCCUCUCGACUGGUUUUAGUUGAAAAGCAGAGCACUUGCUGUCCAGUGUUCUUCCCGGCUUCAAUUGUGAAUUUGUUGAAUUUUUUUUUUCCUGAGUUUCUCUCAUCUGUUGUCAUAUUUUUUUUUUUUUCAUAUGUGUUCAUUUUUUUUUAAGAUUUAUUUGUAUUUGUUGUCUGAUGAAGUUGUUUUCUACUUCUCUCGUUAGAAUGAGAUUUAAAUAAAACAUGAAAUUUCUCCACGACCAGUUCUCGAGAUAUUGAGAAACGCCUCCAGAUGUUAAAUGGAUUUACCUUUAGAACAAAGUCAGGGAAGAGUUUUAUUUUAUCUAAAGCUUAAGUGUAGUUGUUUAUUUCUCCAUCUGAAGCUGCAGCGUAACAUUUCUAGAUUCAGGUGGAGAACACGAGGUGAGUUUUUUUUUUUUGUUUGUUUUUUUUGGGGCGUCUGUGUGCAAACCUUUAAACUUUAGACGGCGGAUGUUUAAAAACCGAUCCUGGAUGAGAAGACUCCCGUUGAGCCCCGGCCGUAUUUUUUUCUCCCCUGCUGGACUCGGAGGCAGCGGCCGAACCUGCCACGGGUUUGGACCUGCAGUUAAGACGCUGUGGCCGACUUUAACGCCUAAUGUGAAUGUGCCUAUCUGUAUAUACUGAAAGUGAGUGAUUGUGACUUGAGUCUGAUGCUACGUGUGUGGGCUGAUCUGCUGAUACGGUCAUGUUAAAUAAAUGAUUUCAUUUUCUAACCAUU